GUGUUUCGUGUUCCGGAGACAGUUCAUAUUUGUAGUGGCUCCGUGCUCGAGGUGUUGCAAGGCUGUUUCGUCGGUUGAUUCCGCCGCAUCACGGCUGACGGUAAAAUAUUACGGAUUUACAAGAUGGCGGCCAAUAUGUCAUCAUCGACUUACUGGAACCCGAAUCGCCUUGAGGGGAGAUUGUUCUUUUUCGUGAGGAACCUGGAGACGAAGAUAAGCAGUCGAAUUUUUACUCAUUCUGUAUGCCUCAAUUUUGCAACAGGUCAGUCCUGAUUACCUCUCAAAAUGGAACAGUAUCGGUCAAAUGCGGAGGAUAUACUCAUCGAAGUCGCGAGUUCCAUGAUGUUAACGGACAUGAUAUUCCCCUACAACCUGAGCAACGAGACCUCGCACCACGACGCGGACUGCGUCACCACCAACGAUCCCACCGAGUACUCCCCGUACACGGAGCGACCCGAGACCUACAUCGUUCCCCUUCUCUUCACCAUCAUCUUCAUCGUCGGCUUCCUGGGUAACGGCACGCUGGUGUUCAUCUUCGUGAGGCACCGCAACAUGCGCACCGUGCCCAACACGUACAUCUUCAGCCUGGCGCUGGGAGACCUCCUGGUCAUCAUCACCUGCGUGCCCGUCACCUCCACCAUAUACACGGUCGAGUCGUGGCCCUACGGCGCCGUCGUCUGCAAGCUCUCCGAGUACUUCAAGGACGUGUCCAUCGCGGUGUCUGUGUUCACGCUCACCGCGCUCAGCGCCGAGAGGUACUGCGUCAUCGUCAACCCCAUCCGCCGGCACGUCGGUGGCGGCCACGUCACGGCCAAGCCCGUGACGCUCGUCGUCGCCGUGGGGAUAUGGGUCCUGGCGGUGGUCUUCGCUCUGCCGUCGGUCCUGUUCUCCGACCUUGAGAGCCGUCUGGUAGGCGGGAACCACACUAUCGUGUUCUGCACGCCUUUCCCGCACGACUAUGGCAUGAUCUACCGCCAAGCGAUCGUGAUGUUCAAGUUCCUGGCGUACUACGCGAUCCCUCUGAUCGUCAUCGCGUUCUUCUAUGUGCUGAUGGCUCGCCACCUGGAGCUCAGCACGAGAAACAUGCCCGGCGAGCUCCAGGGCCAGUCGAUGCAGGUGCAAGGGCGGAAGAAGGUCGCCAAGAUGGUGCUCGCUUUCGUGUUCAUCUUCAUCGCCUGCUUCCUCCCCUACCACACAUUCUCCCUGUGGUUCCACUUCUGCCCGACGUCGGAGCAAGACUAUGAUGACUACUGGCACGUAUUCCGCAUCAUCGGCUUCUGCCUGAGCUUCAUCAACUCGUGCAUCAACCCGGUGGCGCUGUACUGCGUCAGCAGUACUUUCAGAAGGUACUUCAACAGGUACCUCUUCUGCUGCUGUGUGGGUCCCGCUGGUAAACAUGCAUUCAUGAGACAUGGGAACGGCAGCAGUAGAGUCGGGGAGACAUCUUCACACAGCAUGAUACACCUGAACAGUACUUUAAAGCACCACAGCCACCAACUGGAUUACACAACGAACAACACAGCCCUCUUUAAUUUCGAAAAGACUUGAGAGUGGCAGUUUGGGUCACCGGGAAUCUUGAACAAACACAACAGUGAGCAUGGGAGCAAAACCGGGGCCCAUAACGCUAGAUCACGCCAAAUGACUGUAACAUUUAUUACGUAGCUGUAUGAAUUUUAAAGGAAUGGAGAAAAUGCCAGGUACAGUGAAUUCUAUCGUUCUGCAUUCUGCACUCUGACACCAGUCGAGUCGCCGGUGUUCAUAUUUUUCCGGGUCGCUCUCAGCCUCCAGGUUGCAUUACUGCACUGCCGGCAUUUUAAAUUCCUUUUAGAGUUUAUUGUUACUGCUAAUUUUAUUUUCAGUACAAAGUUUCAUAUUUUAUAGUGUGUUUCACAUUCCAAGGAUAAAAUUUUGUAACGAUUUUUUGAAGAACAACAAUCAUUGGUACUUUUUUCUAUUCAGCAGCGUAUUACAACUUGUAUAAAUACCAUUCUACUGUCCUUACAAUAAUUUUCUUAAGUGUUCCUGUUAAAACUAUAUUGACGUUCAAUAAUCCGGCAAAACCACUAAUCCAACAUGGCGUUGUUCCCAAACCUGCCGAGUUAAAGACUAUAUAUCUUUGCUUAGCAAAUACCAGCUUUGUAAAAAGGCCUAUAUCUGAGUGUGUUGUGAGGUCCUGAGUUAUGUUAAGAUUAUGUUAAGAUAUUUUAUAUGGAAAACUAAAUAUAUUGGAUAAAAUUUGUAAAUAAUUAUAUUAUUAUUAUUUAAAAAAAAAACAUAAUAUUUAUACCUGUUAUAGAAAAAAUAUCAUUGCAAAUUGCAAAUAGAAAGAACAUUAUCAAACUUUCUAUUACUUUGGAAAUGUUGCUGUUUUAAAUUAAUUAGUAAGAAGAGAUUAAAUUUUGUAGUGUUUUGAACUUAUAGAGAUAUGUUUACGGUAAAAAUUAGAAACUUAAAUAUUUUAAUAAAUACGUACUUAUCAUCGAAGUGAAUAAUUUUUUUUCAGUGAAUUAAAAAAUAUUAAUUUGUGAAUUUUUUUUAUCAAGUUUGAAUUAACAUAAUGAAACUACUUAGGUAAUUAAUGCAUUGUGCACUGGUGCUUUGCAUGUAGCUCUAGAAAAGACACAGUAAUACUGAAAUAGAUAUUUUAUCAUAAACACUACAACAGUGAAAUAUUUAGUAAUUACUAAAAACAGUGUCCUAAAGCUAGUCAUACUUAGAAUAAAAUUUUUACUAAAUAAAUAUUAAUGAAUCUGAUUUUAUAUUUUGUAAAUGUAAAUCACCAAAUCUACCACAACUGGGGAUUAUUUAUGACGCUUGCAAGUCAUCCUUGUCCGUGAACUCUGUAUAGACACACAUGUAAUGAAAUGUAUGGUUGUACUGUUCUUGCACAUAAUCAUAACAUCAAUGUGAAUUAAUUGUUUAUGUGUACUGCUAUACAUUUUAUAUUAUGACAGGUUAAGAUUAUUUAAUACAGAAUUAUAUGUACAUAUUUGUAAAUUUUUGAAGAACUAAUGAUGUUCUAUAUGAAACAUGCUUGUACAAAAACUGUGAAAAAUUAUGUAGGCUAAAGAUUGGAAACUAUGUUAUGUUAUUUAUAUAUGUAGCUUCAUGUAUUAUGAGUGUGUAACAGCCUGAGUGAGAUUAACUAUAAAUAAAGCUACCGCUAUGGAUGUAUAAACAUGAUAACAUUAAGUAAAGAUUUUGACAAUGUAAAAAAUAUGAAUCAUCUGUAUUAGCCAACAAAAAUAUGUACUGUGUGUGAAUCAUACAAUUUGCCAUUUAGGCAGGGAUUUGCAUAUGUAAUAAAGAAUAUAUGAUUUCUAUCAUGUUAUAAAAAGGCUACUAGGAUACUUACCAUAAUUUGGUUCUAACAAAGCUGACAAAAUAGUUUCACAUACAUAAGAGAUAAAUAGGAAUAAUUUUUUAUUAGAGUAUUGUAUUUUAAAGAGAAGUAUCCUUAUAUAGAAGGAAGUAACUUUAAUUAUUAAAAAAAAAUUAUUGGUGGAAACCUUUUGUUCAAAAAGACACACAUAAUUAUAACACAAUUUACUAUACUAUAACUACUGUAAAUUAUUUCUUUGCUAAAUACUGUAUAGAAUAUCAACAUUUGUUACGAGUAAUUUAAUUGAUAUAAUUAGGACAAAUUUAACAUGCUUUGCAUACAUCUUUAUUAUUCCCACUACUUAUUUCAGUGCUGCCAACAUAUAUAAGUCCUUAGACCUAAAAAUUAUAUUUCCUUACAUUAUUAAGGCCAAAGCAUUGUGAAUACAGAACGAAUACACAUAUUCUCUCAAUCAGCUAUGUUUAGCUUAAAUUUUUUUUUUAAUCUUUAAAGGUAUUAAAUAUAUUAUGUUUAAUGUCAAGUGAAAAAUUAAGGACCUUACUAAGUAAAAAAAAAAAAAAAAACUAAGUGGGCAUUUAUUAAAAGCGUGUCUAUUACUUAUAGCAUUUAUAAUCAAUCAAUCAAAAACCUAAUUUGUGCACAACUUAUUAAAUUUAUUUUACUAGUAUUCUAAAAUAAUUUCAGAAGAUAAAGAGCUAUUGUCUUGAAAUCAUAAUAAAUGAUUCCCUAGAGCAAAUUAUCUUGCAAAUUUUAUCCAUGCGGGUUAAAGGUUUUGCCUAUCUCUCUGCACCUCCUCCAUUCCCAGUGUACUUACCACUACACAAAAACUGUCAACUCUUAACACUAAAUUGUAACCUUACAAGCAGAAUAUCCAAAUUGUGAGUGAACUUCAAUGCUUUAUGCAUGGAUGAGUCAGUUGGGCUGCAACAUUUAAAUACACAGUAAAGACCCUGUUCAGAUUGAGAAUUUUUUUUUUAUUAGUAAUAAUGUCAAACUAAUAACAAAUAAGCCAAGGCAGUAAUACAUACUUGAAAUCUCUAAAAUUUCUAGAUUUAAAAAAAAACUUCUUUGAUAUAACUGAACAAGUGGAAUAUUAACAUCUUAACUAAAGGAAUUUUGAAUCAGAUUUUGUAUGGAAAGCUGUUGUGGUGAAGACACUUUGCAGUCAUAAUAUUGUAUAUAAAUGAUAAAUAAAGUUAAAAAAAAAAAAUGCUGUCAUAUAAAUGUUUGCUCUCUAUAGAGUUACAGUUGUAUAGAAAUUUUUAAACAUGAGAUUUAUAUAUUUUUAUUGACUAUAUUGUUUGUAUUGUUAUAUUUAUUUUUAUUUGUAAAACAAUCUACAUGUGUUUUGUCAAAGUUUGAAACAUUCCAGAAAAAAAUGUUUAUGACUGUGAUUCAGGUGUAUUAAAUGUUAUUUUUAAUAGAGAGAUCUUUAAGUAUAUAACCACAAGAUAGCCCUUGUGAUGAAUUGUGUAAAUUAUGAAAAUGUAAUAGAUGUUAUAUUACUAAAACCUUUGUACAAAAAUCCCUUGUUACUUUUGAUAUGAAACAUGAAAAUAUUUGUUUUUAAUACUGUACCUAUGUCAAUAAUAAUGUGUAAUAUUAAGACCAUAUUUGUCAAGAUU